UGCAGCUCCUCAGUGGAAGAAGAGAAGAAGUGCAGUAGGACACGAUUGCAGAUGUAGACAGAACAGUAAAGAUGGAUCUAGUUUUAUACAUAUCUGCCGCUAUCAUACUGGUUGUAUUGAUAGUUUUUGCCUUAAAAGUUCGCGGAAGAGCCGAGCAAACUGAUAAUGAGGUCCAUGAGCAGGUGGCUGCGCGUGCGGCGGCGCCUCCUCGUGCCCAGGGGGCAGUAGAGGACAGGGGGGCGGGGAUGCCACGACGCCGCAGGAGAGGGAUGCAGGCAGCCAUGGAGGCCAGGAGACCACACAGGGAACAGCAGCCCUCGGACAACGAGGACAGCCCGGUGGAGGUGGAUGAUGUUGAGGAAGAGGAAGAGUCAGCAGCCCAGCUGAACACGGCGAAGAUCGGAGCCAAGAAGCAACGCAAGCUGGAGGAGAAACAACAACGCAAGGCUCAGAGAGAGGCGGAGCUGGAGGAGAGAGAGGAGCGCAAACGACUGCAGGAGGCGCGAGAACAGGAGCGGAGGAAGGAGGAUGAGAAGGAGAGACUGGCCGAACAACAACAGGAAGAGCAAGAGCGUCGAGCGAAGGAGGAGCAGGAGAAGAAGGAGGAGGAGGAGUAUCAGCGUCUGAAGGAGUCCUUCAUCAUCGAGGAGCAGGGAGUCUCUGAGGAGCUCACAGAGACCGAGUCCCAGAACCUGCUGCAGGAGUUUAUCCAGUACAUCAAGGAUUCUAAGGUGGUGCUUCUGGAGGAUCUGGCCUCUCACUUUGGCAUGCGGACUCAGGAUGCUAUCGCUCGGCUGCAUGACUUAAUAGCGGACGGCUCUCUUACAGGCGUGAUCGAUGACCGUGGUAAGUUCAUCUCCAUCACUCCAGAGGAGCUGGCUGCGGUCGCCUCCUUCAUCAAGCAGCGUGGACGCGUCUCCAUCUCCGAACUCGUCCAGGCCAGCAACACGCUCAUCAACCUCACCCCCGUAACCAGGAGCAACGCAUAAACAAUACCCCGUCACCAUAGCAACAAGCUCAUCAACCUCACCCCCGUAACCAGGAGCAACGCAUAAACAAUACCCCGUUACCAUAGCAACACGCUCAUCAACCUCACCCCCGUAACCAGGAGCAACGCAUAGACAACAACCCAGUUACUAUAGCAACACGUUCAUUAACCGUAACCAGGAGCAACGCCUAGACAAUACCCAAUUACCACGGCAACACGCUCAACCUCACGCCCGUAACCAGGAGCAACGCUUGAAUAUAACCAGGAGCAACGGCCGAACAUCACAAUAGCAAAACGUGCCCCAUUAGACUCCUGUUCUGUCUAACUUGCCCCAUAGAGAUAGAUCAGUAGACCCCGCCGUGGCCUAACAGGUAGGGCACUCGCUUACUAUGCCGGCGACCCGGGUUCGAUUCCAGCCGGGGUCCUUUGCCGGCCCCCCCUCCCCCGUCUCUCUCCCCACUCACUUCCUGUCACUCUGUCACUAUCCUGACUCCAAUGAAGCAAAAAAAAAGCUUUAAAAAGAAGAGAGAUGGGACAGUCGCUCUCUAACACACACACACACACACACACACACACACACACACACACACACACACACACACACACACUGUCUAUACAGGACCUGCUGUUCAAGAGACACCCUAUGCUGUGUGUGUGUGUGUGUGUGUGUGUGUGUGUGUGUGUGUGUGUGUGUGUGUGUGUGUGUGUGUGUGUCAGGCUCCUCUGCCUGGCUAUGUGUACAUGAAUAGAUCCUUGUUGGCUACACAUUAAUGCACCUGCAUUCACCACACACACACACACACACACACACACACACACACACACACACACACACACACACACACACCACAGACAAAUACAUAGAUACACGCUAGACACUCAUCGCCCCAAAUCUCUCUCUCUCGCACACACACACACACACACACACACACACACACACACACACACA